CUGAAUUCUUAACGUGCCAUUUUAUUACUAAUGGGCUUAUGAAAAUCAAAAUGUCAUUGAUGUACAGGACCGUGUCGCGUUUUUAAGGAUGCCAGCGGUGGAUAUUCAAGGGGGUUUUACCGGACAAGUGCUGUUUUUAGCCCGCGACGCUUCCUCGUAGUGAAUCGGAUGAUUGGAGCAGCUGUGAGCUCCGCUUAGACUGCAGCUGUCAUUGAUAUUGCACAGUGAACAGAAAAGAUGAUGUGCGAGGUGAUGCCUACGAUCAGCGAAGACACGGCGCUGAGCCAACGUGGGUCCCAGAGCAGCGCCUCUGACCCGGACUCCCACUUUGAGCAGCUGAUGGUCAACAUGCUGGAUGAGAGGGAUCGUCUAUUGGACACCCUACGAGAGACACAGGAGAGCCUAGCCCUCUCCCAACAACACCUCCAGGAUGUCAUCUACGACCGGGACUCACUGCAGCGUCAGCUUAGCUCCGCACUGCCACAGGAGUUUGCCGCCCUGACCAAGGAGCUCAACGCCUGCAGAGAGCAGCUGCUGGAGAAGGAGGAGGAGAUAUCCGAGCUGAAAGCCGAGAGGAAUAACACAAGACUGCUGUUGGAGCAUUUGGAGUGCUUGGUGUCAAGGCAUGAACGUUCCCUACGCAUGACGGUGGUCAAACGUCAGGCUCAGUCUCCUUCUGGGGUCUCCAGUGAGGUGGAGGUCCUCAAAGCCCUCAAGUCUCUGUUUGAGCAUCACAAAGCACUGGAUGAGAAGGUACGAGAGAGAUUGCGGGUGUCACUGGAGAGAGUUUCUGCACUGGAAGAGGAGUUAGCUGCAGCCAAUCAGGAGAUUGUAGCCUUAAGGGAGCAGAAUGCACACAUUCAGAGGAAGGUGGCAUCAGGAGAGAGCACUGAGGACUUGCUGGAGGGCACCGAUGCCCAGAAAGUUCAUGGCAAACGGUUGUCUAACGGGUCGAUGGAGUCCGGGGACGAGGCCAGUCAAGUGGUGGAGCUGCAGGAACUGCUGGAGAAACAGAACUACGAGUUGGCGCAGAUGAAAGAGCGCAUGUCCUCGCUCUCCUCCCGCGUGUCCGAGGUGGAGCAGGAGCUAGAGACGGCCCGUAAAGACCUCAUCAAGAGCGAAGACAUGAACAACAAGUACCAGAGAGAUAUUAAAGAGGCUAUGUGUCAAAAGGAAGACAUGGAAGAGCGGAUAGUGACGCUUGAGAAACGCUAUCUCAGUGCCCAGAGAGAGUCCACGUCACUUCAUGACAUCACAGACAAGCUGGAAAAUGAACUGGCCAACAAGGAGGCGUUCCUCAGACAGAUGGAGGAGAAAAACAGGCAGUUACAGGAACGACUGGAGCUGGCAGAGCAGAAGCUUCAGCAGACCAUGAGAAAAGCUGAGACGCUGCCUGAAGUAGAGGCCGAACUGGCACAGAGGAUAGCAGCUCUCACCAAGGCGGAGGAGAGGCAUGGGAGUAUUGAGGAGCGUAUGCGACAUUUGGAGGGACAGCUGGAGGAGAAGAAUCAAGAGCUGCUCAGGGCUCGACAGAGGGAAAAGAUGAAUGAGGAGCACAACAAGCGCUUGUCAGACACAGUGGACAGACUUCUGACAGAGUCGAAUGAGCGAUUACAGCUUCAUCUCAAAGAGAGAAUGGCGGCUCUCGAGGACAAGAACGUUUUGAUACAAGACUCUGAGAAUUAUAGGAAACAGUUAGAAGACUCCAUACAAGAAAAGACUCAUCUCUCAGAGGAAAUGGAGAAACUGAGAUCUGAAUUGGAUCAGUACCGGUUAAGGGCUGGAUCCCUUACAGAGCCCACACUAUCACGGUCUCAUCUGGAUGCAUCCGGAGAUCUGCGUUUUUCUCUGGGCUCUCUGGCAGACACACAGUCAGACCACUAUCGUUCAACUAAGGUGAUUCACAGGCCUAGGAGAGGACGCGUGGGGCUACGUAGAGAGGAACAGAAGGCGAAGUCUCUGGGAGAGCAUGAAUGGCGUGCUCAGCAGCUUAGCGUUUUGGGUGGCCACCCAUAUGAGAGUGACACGGAGAUAUCAGACAUUGAUGAUGAUGACCGGGAAACCCUCUUCAGCUCAAUGGAUCUGCUGUCUCCUGGUGGACAUUCUGAUGCUCAGACUCUGGCAAUGAUGCUGCAGGAACAGUUAGAUGCCAUCAAUAAAGAGAUCCGGCUGAUCCAAGAGGAGAAGGAGUCGACUGAAUUAAGGGCAGAGGAAAUCGAGAACCGAGUGGCCAGCGUCAGCCUGGAUGGAUUGAACCUGGCACGGGUGCACCAUCCUGGAGCCUCCAUCACUGCCUCAGCCACUGCCUCCUCCCUCGCCUCCUCAUCCCCUCCCAGUGGACACUCCACCCCCAAACUCACUCCCCGCAGCCCCGCCCGGGACAUGGAGCGCAUGGGGGUCAUGACACUGCCCAGCGACUUGCGAAAACACAGGAGAAAGAUUGCAGCAGUAGAUGAGGAUGGUCGAGAGGACAAGGCCACCAUCAAAUGCGAGACCUCUCCACCCCCCACGCCUCGCCAAGUUCGCCUGACAAAAACGCUCCCUGCUUCCUCUCACAACGAUGCACGCCUGACAACUGCAUUAGAGACUGAGGCUCUGAGCAGUGUAGCCAGCAGUCAGGACUCCCUACAUAAGCAGCCAAAGAAGAAAGGCAUCAAAUCCUCCAUCGGACGACUUUUCGGCAAGAAAGAGAAAGCCAGACUGGGACAGCUAGGAAAAGAACUUGUGGGACCAGGACAUGUAGGGAAUGUGACUGAUCCUGAACUUAUGGGUCAGGAUGUUGCAGUUGGAAAACUGGGAACACAGGCUGAGAAAGACCGUCGGCUCAAAAAGAAGCACGAGUUGUUGGAAGAAGCCAGGAGAAAAGGAUUACCCUUUGCACAGUGGGAUGGCCCUACAGUUGUUGCGUGGUUGGAGCUGUGGCUGGGAAUGCCAGCGUGGUACGUGGCAGCAUGCCGUGCCAAUGUUAAAAGCGGUGCUAUUAUGUCGGCCCUUUCGGAUACUGAGAUCCAGAGAGAGAUUGGCAUCAGUAACCCACUGCACCGUCUCAAACUACGCCUUGCCAUUCAGGAGAUGGUCUCGCUCACAAGCCCCUCUGCUCCACCUACAUCUCGAACCCCGUCGGGUAAUGUGUGGGUAACCCAUGAGGAAAUGGAGACCCUUGCUGCCCCCUCGAAAACGAAGUCAGAGUCCGAAGAGGGAAGCUGGUCACAGACACUAGCAUAUGGAGACAUGAACCACGAGUGGAUUGGGAACGAGUGGCUGCCCAGUCUAGGUCUACCUCAGUACCGCAGCUACUUCAUGGAGUGUCUGGUGGACGCACGCAUGCUGGACCACCUUACAAAGAAAGACCUCAGAGUGCAUUUAAAAAUGGUGGACAGCUUCCACAGAACCAGUCUCCAGUAUGGCAUCAUGUGUUUGAAGAAGCUCAACUAUGACAGAAAGGAGCUGGAGAGACGGAGAGAAAGCAGCCAGCAUGAAAUAAGAGGUCCAGGGUCACAUUUGUGUACAACUUUUCUAGAUGUGCUAGUGUGGACUAAUGAGCGCGUGAUACGCUGGAUUCAAAGCAUCGGCCUCCGUGACUACGCCAACAUCCUGUUCGAGAGCGGAGUCCAUGGAGCGCUCAUUGCACUCGAUGACAACUUUGACUACAGCAGCCUGGCCCUGCUGCUGCAAAUCCCCAACCAAAACACUCAGGCUAGACAAAUUCUUGAAAGAGAAUACAACAACCUGCUGGCACUGGGAACCGAGAGACGAUUAGAUGAGUGCGAUGAGAAAGAUUUUAGAGGGCCAUCAUGGAGGCGGCAGUUUCCUCCGCGGGAUGUCCACGGGAUCAGCAUGAUGCCCGGAUCAGCAGAGACCCUGCCCGCUGGCUUUCGUCUCACUGCCACCUCUGCACACUCGCGCAGACUGCCACCAGAGGUCCUGUAUGAGGUGAUGGAUGACAGUCCUGACGACAUGUAUUUGGACUGGUUUCAAGUCGGGCCAUCAGCAAUACAGCGCCUGGACAGUUCCACUGUGAGGACCUACUCAUGCUGAGAGAAGAUAAAGACUAUAAGCUAUUUAUUCUAAAGUUAUAACUUGAAGUUGCAAGAAGGGUCGCUGGGCCAAAAUGAAGAUUUCCGAAGAGUCACACUGCCAAGAGAACAAAAGAAGCCCCAGUGGGACGGGGCAAGGAGGGGGGAACGGUGUGCCAGCCCGCCCACCCCUUCCUCUGCACUUAAAAAGCCAAGGCCACAACCCAGGCACCCGCCGCAGGUGCUAACACACUCUCUCACCCUUUCUAUCUUUUACACCACGCCAAGCUCCUUCAGCUUACAUACUGUGCAUUUCUUUUACAGGGGAUGUGUAGGUAUUAUUGUAAAUGAAUAUAAAUAAUGCUGUUUUUAUAAAUCUAUAAAUAUAAAUAUAUAUAUAUAUAUGCACAGGUCUGUAUAAAAAGAUAAAGACAAAGAACAUAUUCAGAGUUGUGCAGAUUAUGUCCUAUACGUCAUGGUUUAAAAACAAUGCUGCUCUUUUCGCCUAGACCUGAGAGACGUUUUGUACAUGUUAGUUACGUUUCAUUUGUUGGUGUUUGAGGCCUGUUGAGGUGUAAUGGUUGAAAGUCCCUCCCCCUCAUUUAGAUGUCACUUUUUUACGUAUGUCCUCUUCAGAGUCUACAUCCCACUGUUACGUCACACAUAGCACAAUAAUCAGAUCGUACACUGUAAAAAAAAAUGUUGGUUCAACUUCAAAAACUAAGUAACCUGGUUGCCUUAAAUAUUUAAGGUAAUUUAACUACUAACAAUUUUUAAUGUUGAAUUAACUUAAAAUUUUAAGAUAAUCACACUGUAAAUAAAAUGCAGCAUGACAUUAAAACAACUUGGUUUUGCAAGUCAAUUCAACUAUACUAUUUUAAGUUUUGACCCUUGAUAAGUUGACAUAACUUAUAAAAACAAGUUGAAUUGUUUAACCUAAUUUGUUAAGUUAAAUUAACAUAAAAAUGUGUGUUAAUUUAAAAAAACAUGCUGCAUUUUUUACAGCACAGGUAAGUUUUUUUAAGUUGAACCAAUUUUUUUUUUUACUGUGUACCUACUAAGGUACCUCAAUUCUUAAAGCGCCAUCUCGGCCAAUUGGGCACAGUGGUGAACGUGACAACACAUCUGUGACCCAUUUUACUCUGGUGAUGGAUGUUUUUCUUAAGAAACAAUAUUAAUGAACCAUUUAAGCCACUUGAAACCAAGUGGGGUAAAUGUGGAUGUUUAUGCUAAAUUUAACUCUUUCCCUGCCAGCGUUUUUAAAAAAAAGUUGCCAGCCAGCGCCUGCAUUUUUUAUGAUUUUCACAAAAGUUUAAUGACUUCCGUUUAAUGAAAUGUUCUUCUUUAAAUAAAUAAACAUACAAUUAUCGAAUGAAAGAACAGACCCUCUGCUUAAAAAAAAAAAAAACAUUUGUUCUCUUGUUUGCCCCAAGAGAAUACUUCCGGGUUUUAUCGCCACCUGGUGGAUAAUAGCGGAAAUACGGAUUGCCGGAAAAACUUGUCAUGGGCAGGGAAGCAUUUUCUCUUAAUUGACUGUCGGGGAAAGACUUAAAGUACAUCUUCCACUUACUUUACGUGGAUAAAAAUGGUAAAAGCACUGCAUUUGACUUACCUAACCUCAGAGUAACAACAUUGACAAACACUGCGUGUCACCUGCUGUCAUUUAUUAGAUACCUGACCACCCGACCUAAGAUCGGCUGUCCUUGUAUCACGAAUGUCCAACCCCCUCAACUGGGUCUCUUUAGGAGAAAUAACUAAAAGACAGGCUUAGCUAAUAGUAAACAUAGAGGUGUAUAUCAACUUGUUGAAGUCCAGAUUAAAGUUUUAAAAGACAAACCUGUUGCUUGCUGUGACUUACUUUGGUGUAAAACUGUUUGAAACCCUUUCUGUUGAGGUUGCAGGGCAAACCUGUUGUACAGCCCUUGACUUCCUGUCUUUGAGUUAUUUCUGACAACUCUUUGACGGUUUGUACAUCCCUGUUUUGCACGCACAGAGAAUCAUUUUAUUUUGUGUCCAUUUUUUUAUUAUUAUUAUUAAUUACUGAUUGUAUUUUGGUCAAAACUAUGUGGUGAUCAAAGAACUUUUCAUUGUUAAUAAAAAGUACAGUCAAA